AUGCAAGAGCAUUGGCUGGUUUGGAAGUGUGGUAGAGAUUUCCUUUCUGGCUUCUCUCAGUGGCUUAUGCUGAGGACCGUGGCCCUAAUCGUGCACCCCGAUCCAAUCCCUUUGCUUGGAGCUGAGCCUGGGGCACCUGCUGAGCCCCUCUCAGUUCGAUACUGGCUCCUUGGAGAAGGAUCAAAAUGCAGCUGGAUGUGGGUGAGGUCAAAGGUCAGAGUAGAAACUCGUGGUGUCCUCCGGGAAGCCCCCACUGCCUCCCAUAGAAACCCCCCUCCCUACCGUAAGGUGUCUCUAGGUGGCCCUGUCAGAGGACAGGGGUCAGGCAUUUUAUAUCAAGGGUGCUCUGAACAUAUUUUAUUUUUUAAAAGAACUAUGUUUGUGAAUUUUAUGUACACUGGCAAGCUUUUGAAAAUGUAUUUAAUUUUGUAA